UGUGUAAGUGGAUUGUGACCUACCGGAAGCUGUCUUUCGCGAAGCAUGCAGAGUGAAAGUAGAAUGGUAAAGUGAAGCCAGAGGGUGGUUUAGAUAUAAUCCUACCCUUGCAGAAGAAGUGAAAGCAGCCAGACUGGAUGGUGCAGAUGGCAAAAUCAUCACCAAUGAAAAACUCUUCUAAACCUCAUGCUAGAAAAGUCAGCACUUCCCAACCAAACACAAAGAAGGCAGGCAGGAAAAACACUGAAAGAGUUAAUUCUGAUAGGAAGACUGAGAGUAAAGAUGAUGAAGACUUUGAAAUGGAAGCUGAGGAAGAAGAAGAAGAGGUGGUUGCAACAACUAAACAAGGAGAGCUGCAGAGGGAGUGCAAGCUGUGUAGCAAGAUCUACUCCUCUGUCUACUUGCUGCGACGUCACGUGGAGAACGUACACGCUGAGACUAAGCCCCGCCCUUUCCGGUGUGAGCUGUGUGACUAUGCUGCCACCAACAAGUGGAAUAUCAAGGAACACUAUCGCAGCCACACUGUGGAUAAUUUCAUGGACUUCUCGGACGAGGACGUGCCCAAUGAGUCCCAGGAGAAGGACGAGGACAGUGACUUUGAGAUGAGUGCUAGUGAAGAGGAGGAGGACUCAGGGAGUGAUUGGGAGGAGGAAAUCAAAUCAGUAACAACGGGAAAGUCCAAACCGCAGGGUAGCCGGAGAUCGUCUUGUACUGUUGGAAAACGGAAACGUUAUAUGGACUCGGACAAAGACCUUGAAUCAUCAGAGGACGACUAUGUUCCAUACAAUUAUGUAGCGUGCAAAAGAGUCCCUAAAACCAAGCGACCUAAAAAGGCUUCCGUUUUGGAGGAAGAGGAUGAAGAAUUAGAAGAAGAGGAAGAAGAACUAACUCCCAAGAAGAAGCUUGGAAGAGGAAAGGCUGAGAAGGAGGAGGAAAGUUCUGAUGAGGAUGAUGUUGAUGGUGAUGAUGGCGAUGGCGACAAAUCAUCUGGAAAAGGUCGAGAUAAAGUUGAGAAAGUCAGGCAGUUAAAGAGUAAACACAGACCACCAUGUAUGUGCGGCAAGAAAUGUUACAGGAAGGACCCUUUUCACUGCGCAAUAUUUCACAUGAACUUCAGGAAGAACCCAGAGCACUUUGCAGAGUUCAGCCAUCAGGGGGACGUCAGUUAUGAUCAACAGUCAGAACUGGAGGACGACAAUAUCCCAGACUGUUGGGUGAGAAUGACACGUAUACAGGAAAGUCCUCUUCUGGCAACCUCCAUACAGUACCAGAGAAGAACAUUACAUAGAAAAUGUAAAAUCAUGGGAGGUGACACAGAAAGUGAGUCUGUGCCUUUAAAAGACUCCACAACCCAAACUGAUGUAAACUCUACAGCGGCUAGGGUAGGGACAGAGACCUUAAAUUUAAACCAAACACCAGAUGAGUUUAACUCUGUUUGUGUUAAAAUUGACACUGAUGAAUGGGAUAAUAUGGCUACUGAUUUUUAUUCUAAGUGUGCCAAAUCAGAACAAGUUCUACGGGAAGAGAUGCAUCAAGAUAACAACAAGCUAAAUGGCUUCAAUUUAGUACAUGAACAAUCAGAAAAAACAGGAUGUUUAGAGAUGGUACAAGAUAGCACCAGACAAGAUGGCUUCCCCUCGGCAUGUGUGGAUUCAGAGCAGAUGGGAUGUGAUGUUACCCAUCAAGAUGUCACAAGACAAGCUGGCUUCAAUUCUGAAUGUGUUCACAGUAAACAGAUUGAUGAUUCAAACGCAUAUACAGCUGAAAAUGGGCUUCAUUCUGCAGGUGUAAAGACAAAAAUGGACCAUGACUGCAACCUGAAGGUCCCAAGGAAUUCAAACUACGAAAAAGAUGAAUCUGAAGUUCGAGGCCUCUACUUGGCCAACAUGACGCUUGGUGUGACAGGCAUGGACUUGGAGCUGGACAUCACGGGGGAGAACUCCUUGGAGGACGUGGAUGGGUCGUGUCUGAUAAGCUCCGCCCCAGCGCUGAGCUCAGCCUCCACUUUGAAAUCCUCAGCAGGUAGCAUGAAGAAGUAUGUGUGGCGGGGAAAAGAUUCUGAAAAGAGAAAAUCCUUCUGCUCACCAGUUGAUUCGUGGCCAGAGAAGAGAAACCCCCCUGAGUCGCCAGCCAGACGGAACCAGGAGAAAAGAAAGGCUUCGAAAUCGCCAGCCAUGGAGAGAACAAGAAUGUCAAAGUCUCCUGUUAACAAAGUAACUGAGAAAACGAUAGGUUCCCUGAAGAAUCCUAAAAAGAGAAAUGUUAGAAAGUCUCCCAUCAAAGAAGCAGCAAAGGGAAAUGAAUCCCCUUCCAAGGGAAAGUCGUUGGCUUCUCUUACCUCCCCUGGUGCAAGUAAAGCUGGAGAUAAAGCCAAACAGAAAGUUGCGGAAAAAGUAGAAGGACCUUCAAAGUCUAAGGCGGACGCGAAAAUCGAUAAAAACACCAGAAAACCAACGACAGUAACUGCAAUCCCUGAGAAGAAUGUCAGGGAGGUGACUAAUAGGAACGCUAGGAAAAAGACCACAGACUCUCCCGACAUGACUCGUGCAAAAUCUGUUCGCGUUUUCGUGUCUAUAUCCGAGAAGACAAAAGCGGACGCCCAUUUGGCAGCCAAAAAUUCGCCAAGGAAUGCAGGUAAACAGAUAGAUGCGGGAGCUGAAAAGGCAGAUGUUGCAAAGUCUGGGAGGUCCCUGGUAAAGUUGGUGGGGGAUACUCCAGAGAAGUCAGAAGAAAAAAGGCGGACCUCGACUAGGUCUGUGGCUGAUACGCUGGAGAUCUCGUCACCUAGGAAGUCUACAAGGUCCAUGGUGGAGGAAUCUGUGGCCGAAACAUCCGAGCAUGCCCCUGGGAAAGCUGGCAAGAAAGCUGCCGAAUCGCGACUCUUACGGAACAAGCGUCGAGUUGGGAGCGGCUCGGCUACAGCGAAUUUGACGCCAAAAUCAAGCACAGCCAGCGGUGCAAGAUCUGCCAAAACACUUAUGCCAUCUUUGGACACCAGUGGUAACACCCAUUCGUCUCAAAAAUCUGUUCCCACCCUGACUCCUUCUGGCUCCAGUAGUAGACCAGCCAAGAAAGUUGAGGCUAAGGCUGUUUCACAGACAGAAAAUAAAAAGAAACCUGAAACGCGUGGAAUUGCCUCGUCUGCGAGUUCCCAAUCUGAUUCGUCUCUAGAGAAAAGUGUUGUCAAGGCAACCAGGGUGGCCUCAAUGAAGGCUGCAUGCUCUGAAGGUGCAAAUCUCAACUCCCUGAAUAAUCACCAAAAAGUGACAGUUGUGUCUGACCGGAGUCCAGUCGAGCAGGGUGAGCUAGCGUCCAGCAGUCCAGAGGUGGAGAUGAGAAGCAUGGAAAGUGAGGAGGAGGAGGAGCAGGGGGAGGAGCAAACACAGAGUGACAACAACCGAAGUGAACAUACGUAA